AUGUCACUCCAAGGCAAAGUGUAUGCCGUGACCGGCGGCGCAAGUGGUAUCGGCCUCGCAACUGCCAAACUCAUCUCACAACAUGGGGGCACGGUCUGCAUCGCCGAUGUGAACCCCGAUCUCCUCAGCAAAGUGGAAUCAUAUUUCACCGCCAUCGCACCCCCUGUUCCGUUCAUGAUCACCAAGGUCAAUGUUGCGGACAAACAGCAAGUAGAAAGCUGGAUCGCCGAGAUCAAAACCAAGUACCACCGUCUCGAUGGCGCCGCCAACAUUGCCGGCAUCGUCGGAAAAGAUCACGGGCUCAAGUCGUUGGCAGAUUUGGAUGAUGAUGAAUGGGAUAAAAUCAUCGGGGUGAACCUGACUGGAACGAUGUAUUGUCUCCGGGCAGAGCUCAACCAUAUUAGUGAUGGUGGCUCGAUUGUCAACAUGGCAUCCAUCCAUGCCACAACUGGCUUGGCAAAUUAUGGUGCGUAUGCGGCGAGUAAACAUGGGGUUUUGGGUCUCACUCGGGUUGCUGCGAAGGAGAACGGCCACCGAGAGGUGCGAGUGAAUGCCGUGGCGCCGGGCCCAAUCUACACUCCCCUGAUGCAGGCGUCUUGGGACCGGAUGGGACGGCCUUCCGAUGCGCCUUUCGACGACCCGAUUGCAUUCCAGCGUCAAGGGACUGCGGAGGAGGUGGCGAAUGUGGUUGGUUUCUUACUUGGGCCGGAAAGCUCGUUCGUGAGUGGAAGUUGUUACUCGGUUGAUGGCGCUUGGCUAUAA